UUGAAUCACAACAAAAAUAAAAACUCACAUUUAUUAAUCUCUGGUAUGGGGUGUAUCAUCACAUUUAUUAAUCUCUGCCAAUUUUCUGUGCAAUUGGCAUCUUCCCUCCCAAACUCCAUUUAUAGGGCCUUUAAGCUCUUCCCCUUCCCUCCCACCACAAUCUCUCUCUCUCUCUCUCUCUGAGGGUCACUCUGUUUUUAGUGGGUUUAUCAGGACUUUUAGCUGAUAGAUCUGACCAACAUUGCCAAUUUGUUCAUAUAAAUACACAUAUACACCCUCUAUACAGAACAUCUCUGGGUACUCUUCUAGGUUUUGUUAAUAUACCCUCUAUUGUUACUUACAAUGCAGAGGUUUGUGAGACUCUGUUCCAUGGCUCCUCUGUUUCUGCUUCUUGGUCUUCUUCCUCUAGCUUUGGCUGGCCAUGACUAUGGACAAGCUCUCACUAAGAGCAUUCUCUUCUUCGAAGCUCAGAGAUCUGGUUACCUUCCCAGCACUCAGAGAGUCCAAUGGAGAGGCCAUUCUGGUCUCAACGAUGGCAAAGCCAAUGGGGUGGAUCUGGUAGGAGGGUACUAUGAUGCAGGGGACAAUGUGAAGUUCGGGUUACCAAUGGCUUUCACAAUUACGAUGAUGUCAUGGAGUAUUGUUGAGUAUGGGAGGCAAAUGGCUGCAAGUGGAGAGCUCAGUCAUGCCAUGGAAGCUGUUAAGUGGGGCACUGAUUACCUCAUUAAAGCUCAUCCCCAUCCCUAUGUCCUCUAUGGAGAGGUGGGAGAUGGGAACACAGACCACUACUGUUGGCAAAGGCCAGAGGACAUGACCACUUCAAGACAAGCUUACAAGAUCGACCCGAACAACCCCGGGUCGGACCUCGCCGGCGAGACCGCCGCCGCUAUGGCCGCCGCCUCCGUCGUCUUCCGCCACCACAACCCCUCCUAUGCCAAUGAGCUCCUGACCCACGCCCAGCAGCUAUUCGAGUUUGCGAACAAGUAUAGGGGCAAAUAUGAUAGCAGCAUCACCGUGGCUCAGAAGUACUACCGUUCUGUCAGUGGAUACGCAGAUGAGUUGCUAUGGGCUGCUGCAUGGUUGUACAAGGCUACUAACAACCAGUACUACUUGAGCUACCUUGGCAACAAUGGUGAUUCUCUUGGUGGGACCGGUUGGGCCAUGACCGAGUUCGGAUGGGAUGUCAAGUAUGCCGGUGUUCAAACUCUUGUUGCCAAGCUUCUAAUGGGAGGCAGAGCCGGUCACUAUGCACCAGUGUUUGAGCAGUACAAGGAGAAGGCAGAGUUUUUCAUGUGUUCAUGUCUUGGAAAGGGCACUCGCAACACUCAGAAGACUCCCGGAGGCCUUAUUUUCAGGCAGAGAUGGAACAACCUGCAGUUUGUUACCAGUGCCUCUUUCCUUCUCAGUGUCUACUCUGACUAUCUCACCUCCGCCGGGAAAAACCUGAAGUGUGCUUCUGGCAGUGUCUCUCCAUCUGAGCUUCUUUCAUUUGCCAAAUCUCAGGUGGACUAUAUUCUUGGAGACAACCCAAGAGCUACAAGUUACAUGGUAGGCUAUGGAAACAACUACCCACAACAGGUCCAUCACAGAGCUUCCUCCAUUGUCUCCUUCAAGGUCAACCCUUCAUUUGUCAGUUGCCGUGGAGGCUAUGCCACAUGGUUUAGCAGGAAGGCGAGCGAUCCAAACCUCCUAACAGGUGCCCUUGUUGGUGGACCCGACGCUUAUGACAACUUUGCUGAUCAAAGAGACAACUAUGAGCAAACAGAGCCAGCUACCUACAACAAUGCUCCUCUUCUUGGCAUUUUAGCAAGACUACACGGUGGACAUAGCGGCUACAACCAGCUCCUUCCAGUGACCUUUCCAGCCCCUAAAACCCAGCCAAAGCCUGCUCCAGUAACUAGAACCACACCAUCUCAGGUUUCAUCUUCCGCACCCAUUGCCAUUGAACAAAAGAUGACAAGUUCAUGGGAUUACAAUGGCAAGACUUACUACAGAUACUCCACAACUGUGACAAACAAGUCACCCAAGACACUGAAAUUUCUCAACCUUUCAAUCUCCAAGCUCCACGGUCCUCUGUGGGGCCUGACAAAGUCAGGCAGUUCAUAUGUUUUUCCAGCAUGGCUCAACUCUCUACCAGCUGGAAAGAGCCUAGAGUUUGUUUACAUCCACUCUGCCUCUCAAGCUGAUGUCUCGGUCUCAAGCUACAAUUUGGCCUAAAAUUACGAAAAGAGGUGGCUGACAUGGGUUUUUCUUUUCUUGGGUUGUGAUGCAAGAAUUGGGAUUGUGCAGCUAUACAAGAUGCAAUUUGGAAAGGGAUUUGUUUUUUUAAGUUGUAAUUUUUCAAUUACUUGUUGCUUUGGGAUUGAGAGUAGGUUUGCCGAUGGAAUGUAGGAGGGAGAAAGGCGUGAAGAGAUGAUUAAACAGGUGUGCUCAUCCUCUUUCUCCUCCACUUCAGUAGUUGUUAGCAUUGAUAGUUUUGAGACAGAUAGGGCAAGUGUGAAUGUUGAGAAGAAAAUCAUUUCUCAGUC